GACGGAAUGCGAGUGUCGACGUUUUCAUGCCAUUAGGAGCUGUGAGUCUCGGCUGAAAAGGCUGUUGUAUUUGUCGGGGGCGCCCCACACCAUGGCUGCAAAGGUCCGCACAUCCCGUGUGGCCGGAGGCAAAGCCAGAAGUGUUGAACUCUUUACAUUCCAUGCUUUGAGGGUAGACUGA